AUGAAUCCAUCUCCGGUGAUCCUUCCUAACGAUCUCAUCACAGAGGUACUUUCUAUUCUUCCUGUCAAAUCUAUUCUUCGUUUUAAGUGUGUCAGUAAGCAUUGGAAAACUCUCAUCUCGGAUCAUGCCUUCGUAAAAUUGCAUCUUAAGAGAUCACCAACACGAAAUCCGUUCUUAGCAUUAUUAAUAUUUCACACAAUAGAAGUGAACUGUGGCAGUUAUGUUCACGGUGACUCUGAUCGCAGUGUUGUUCCAUACCCUAUACGUAGUUUACUCGAUAACCCCUCGAUUACCCUUUUUGAGGAUCCUUACUACCUUAUGAAUGACAAAGGAUGCUCUAAUAGAGUUGGUUCAUGCAAUGGAUUGAUUCUUUUGGUUGGUGAAUCUAUAAAUGACAUCGUUAAUAUAAAGGAUAAUAUAGAGUAUCUUACCGUAGAUAAAUGGCUCCGUGUUUGGAACCCAGCCACCAGGACAAUUUCUAAAAAAUUUGGGCAAUAUCGUGCUUUUUGUUUGUCUCAAAGAUUCACCUUCGCAUUUGGUUGCGAUAAUCUGAAGGACACUUAUAAAGUGGUGGCAUAUCGUUGCAAUCGUCAAGAAUUGACAUCCCAGGUGAGAGUUCUUAGUUUGGGUGAUGAUGUUUGGAGAAAUGUUGAAAGUUUCCCGGCUAUUCCUCUUCUAGUUGAUUAUGUGUAUUUAAGUGGAACUCUGUACUGGUUGGCAAAUCAAAAUCGUAAGAAUAUUAGUGUUGAGAAGCUUGUUAUUAUUUCAUUUGAUUUGAGUACAGAGACCUACAAUCAGUAUCUACCGCCUCGUUGUUUUGACGAAGUCUCGCAUAGUGAGCCAGUCUUUGGUGUGUUAGGGGGCUGCCUUUCUUUUUCUUAUUCUUGCAUGGAGACUGAUUUUAUCAUAUGGCAGAUGAGUCAAUUUGGUGUUGAAGAUUCUUGGACUCAAUUAUUUAAAAUAAGUUAUCAAAAUCUUCAAAUAGAGUAUGACUAUAGUAAUGAAUUUAAUAAGCAUGUUUUUCGGUUGAUGCCAUUGUUUCUCUGGGAUGAUACACUGAUAUUGGCUAGCCGUCAAGUAUCGCGUGCAAUUCUCUAUAAUUGGAGAGCUAAUAGAGUAACUCGAACAAACAGUAUUGCUUGUAGCAUUAUUAAUAAUAAUGGAACUUCUGAUUUUUUAAAUUGGCAAUGUGCCAAAGAUUAUGUUGAAAGCUUAGUUCCAACUUUUUGA